UGUGCACAAGCGUCCGCAAAGCCGCUGGCUGCUCCUCUCCAGGCGCGCAGUAUCAUCCACAAACUUUGACGAGCUGUAAGCUUCACCAAGGCAACAAAAACAAGCCGGGCUGAGUGAUAACUGGGAGGACACGCUUUUAAAACAUAUAUACACAGGGUAUCUCAAAGGGAGCGCCCGCUAAUUCGGGUUGAUAAAAGUUAUCCACUUUUUUCCCAGCUGAACACACAGGUAUAAAAAUGGAAAGCAUUCCGGUUGAAAUUUUCAAAGAAGACAAUAAGUGCCUCUCUACGCUUCCGGAGGACUGUCCAGUCAAUUCCUCAGCCUGGGUGUCCGGAUACUCAGAGAGCCGCAACGUGACCCACGAUGAGAGCUGGGAGCAGGAGAGCAUGUCUCCCAUCAUCCCCAUCAUCACUGCAGUCUACUCAGUGGUGUUUGUGGUCGGCUUGUUGGGCAACUGCCUCGUCAUGUAUGUCAUCGUUAGGUACACAAAGAUGAAGACAGCCACCAACAUUUACAUUUUCAACCUAGCGCUCGCUGAUGCCCUCGUCACCACCACGAUGCCCUUCCAGAGCACCGACUACCUGCUGAAUACCUGGCCCUUUGGUGAGGUGGUUUGCAAGGUCUUCAUCUCCAUCGACUACUACAACAUGUUCACCAGUAUCUUCACUCUCACCAUGAUGAGUGUGGAUCGCUACGUGGCUGUGUGUCACCCGGUGAAAGCCCUGGACUUCCGCACUCCGAUCAAAGCCAAGAUGAUCAAUGUGUGCAUCUGGAUCUUGUCCUCAGCCGCAGGGAUACCUGCUUUUAUUCUGGGUGGCACCCAGACAAACAGCGGCAUAACCGAGUGUGCCUUACAGUUCCCUGAGCCAUACGUGUACUGGGACACACUGAUGAAAGUAUGCGUGUUUGUCUUCGCCUUCGUCGUGCCUGUGCUCAUCAUCACCGUGUGCUACUCCCUGAUGGUCCUGAGGCUGAAGAGCGUCCGAAUGUUGUCCGGCUCGCGGGAGAAGGAUCGCAACCUGCGCCGCAUCACCAGACUCGUGGUGGUUGUGGUGGCCGUGUUCGUGGUGUGCUGGACGCCCAUUCACAUCUUCAUCCUGGUCAAGGCCCUCGUGAGCGUGCCGGAAACCACCGCCAUCAUGGCCGCCUACUUCUUCUGCGUGGCUCUGGGCUACACCAACAGCAGCCUCAACCCUGUCCUCUACGCCUUUCUGGAUGAGAAUUUCAAGAGGUGCUUCAAGGAUUUCUGCCUCUCGGCCAAACUGAGAGGAGAGAAGGUGUCAGGGAGCAAAAAGACCCCCAGCAACGUGCGAGAGGCGGCUGUUCCCCUGGAGAACCCAGACGGGACGAGUAAACCGACAUGACUAGCAGUGGAACUGUCUUCAAUUUCCCACAUUGGAAAAGAAGACUCUCAUGACCUGUGCUUAACCCACAUCACAACAGCAAUGUAGACUGUAAUCUUGACUCUAUGGUGAAGGUUGACUGGAUUUAUUUUCCUGUCUCUUGAUGUUUAAGCAGUGCCAACGAUGAUAUGAUUUCACUUCAGAGGUCAAAUCAUGAAUUGUAUUCCAUCUUUUCAUAAAUCCACACAGAAUCAAAAACAUCAAUGUCCUCUGCAUAACAACAACUUCCUCCUCCUCCCCUCUGCUUUGACUUUUGCCCCUUUGAUAAAUGAAUUUCCUCAUGGCAGUUGUGAUAAAGAUUGUAUAUUUAUUAUUUCAACUUGAAGGUGGAUGUGACCGUUUUGUGGAAGCAGGAAAAGAAAAAACAAAUGUGACUAAGACUCUUCUUUAACAUUAUCUAUUUUCAUGUUAAUCCUAUAAGAAAGGGUUAAUGCUGCUCAUUAAGUAUAGCGCUGCAUCGAUAAGUUGAUUAAUUGAUCAGUCAAUGGACAAUAAAUUAAUGUACAACUAUUUUGAUAAUCAAAAAUCAUUUAGGUCUAUUUUUUUAAGCAGAAAUGCCAAACAUUUGGUGGUUCCAGCUCCUCAAAUGUGUGGAUUUGAUACUUUUCUAAAUCAUACCUGAUCGUAAACUGAAUAUCUUUGGGUCUUGGACUGUUGCUCAGACAAAAACAAGGACAUCUGAAGAUGUUAUUGUGGACUGUGGGAAAUUGUAGCAGGCAUUUUUCACUAUAUUUUGAUGUUUUAAUGAGAAAACAAUGAAUCAAAGAAAAUAAUCAGCAGAUUAAUCAAUGAUAACAAAAAUAACUUUUACUUGCGGCCCUAGGUAUUAAAGAUAUCACUAAAAAAUUGCACAUCACAAACAUAUUGCAUCAGACAUCAUCAGAAAAUGAGACCAUUUCUCAGGAGGGUUGCUUAUUAUUUGAUGGCAAAAUUAGCAAGGUGUUAAUGGAAAUAGUAACAUUGAGGGGUCAAGUUUUGCAACUUCUUGCUUCUGUGUGUUUAUGAUGUGUUUCCUUUUAGCUGCAGUUUCUCUACGCCUCUCUCCUUUCCCCAUCAUUUCCUCCUACAAUUUAUCAAUUGCCAAAUGUGCCUUUAACAGUCCAGGAUAACACGUUUGUAGCAGCAGAAAAUGAUUAACUGAAAGGGGUCAAACAGCGCUUCAUGUAUAAAAUGGUUUUUUUUGGUUUUUUUUUGUUUGUUUUUUUAUACAUCUCAGUGCUAGUUCUACGAAUCACUGACAGUAGAUGUGCCAAAAACCUUUUCACCUCUGUGAAGAGUUUGGAUUGUGCUGAUGGACUGACUCAUGUUUGACUUUGAAAUGACUGAAAGGAAAAAAAGCAACGCUCAGUUGCAUCAAAGCAAGUUUAUCAAUGAGGAAAGUUAAAGGGUAAAUCCUGGAUGUGCAAUGUGCAUUUAAAAUUUGACAGAGGGCUCUCUAUCAGCUUUGAAUCUGGAGUUGUGUCCAGAUCGAUAAGUUGUUAAAUUUAUGGUAUAUAAUUCAAACACAUGUGCUGUGUACGGCUUUUACCAUGAUACACAUAGUCCUAUGUGAAAUACUCAUGCUAUUAUUGUAGAGAAAUAUUCUAUCUGAAACCAUGAAUAGCUGUCUUAAGAAGUUGUGCACAUGGUUUAAUACCAAUACCUUAUUUUGUAUAGAUUACAAAAAAGAAAAUCUUUGCACAGACAUCGUUGAAACAUACUGUAUUUGUAGCAUGUCCGUGAUCAUUGCUAUGAUAGUAAAUGCAACAUCAGCACCCUAUAUGCUCGAUGGACUGUGCUGUUAUUUUGAAUGUACUGAAAAUAGACUGUAUUAUAUAAUGAUUAAUCAUGGUAUAAACUCAUCUGUCUCAUUAGAAAAGAACUUCAGCUUAUAUUUAGGAAACCCAUUUCCAUAAACACUUUCAGUUUCACUGUUGUGUCGCUAAACCAGAGCAUUGUGGGUUUGAGAUAAACCUUUCUUUUUUUUUUAACUUAAUAAAUCUCUAGCUACAACAUGUGUACUGGCAUAAAAAUAGAUAUAGCACAGAGGUUCUGUUACUUGACAAAAAAUAAAAGACAUUACUCUAAGAAACUUCACUGUGACCAGGACGUCAUUAUUAUCUUUAUUAUCAUUAUUUUCAGUCUCUGUGUUGACUGGUUAAACCUGCUACUGUAUAUUGGCUUUGUCUGCUGUGAACUGAGCAGGAGAUGUAUUGAUCAAAACAUCCUGUCUGUCAAGUGCUUAAUAUUAAAGCCAGUUUAACAAAU